UUAAAACCGAAGAAGAAGCACACGGAAUUUAGCAGUAGCCUGGGAAACUUGAAGUUGUAUAUGUGGCUUGAAAACAAGGGUCGUGGUCGUAAAAAGAAUAAUAAUGAAAUGCACACCAUAUAUUGUGAUCGCUCGUCUUUCGUAUAAUGAAGUGAUGUAGCCGAAAAUGUGAACGAUUUUCCUGGCUUGUUGCACUUUCUCGCAAUGUUUUUUUUAUUGCAUAUUCCUGAAUGCUAGCUAGCUAUGCAAUUCAAAACAAGUGCGCACGAAUACGAGCAUAGUUAGAAAAAGCAUGCUAUUCAUCAUAAAGCGAUUAACAUUUGUGGUGUCUGGCUCAUGUCAAAGUAUGUUAAGACGUAACGUUUUAUUAUGCAAAAGAGCGUGUACUGGACCACUUGACACCAGACUGGUCUUGGGCAUAGAAACUAGCUGUGAUGACACAGGAGCCGCUGUUAUGGACGAAACUGGCCGGAUACUUGGGGAGUCUUCACAUACCCAGAAAGAUGUGCACUUAAAAACAGGGGGAAUUAUUCCUGUGGUCGCCCAGAGACUGCACAAAGAGAACAUAGCUCGCGUCGUCCAAGAAGCCCUCGACAAGAGCGGAAUUGCGCCAAGAGAUCUGUCUGCCGUGGCGACCACAGUGAAGCCUGGUCUUGCCCUGAGCCUAGGAAUUGGUCUGCAAUACAGUUUGAACUUUAUUCAGGAGCACAAGAUGCCCUUCAUCCCCAUCCACCAUAUGGAGGCCCAUGCUCUAACAGUCAGGAUGAUCCAGUCGGUGCCAUUUCCAUUUCUGGUUCUGUUAAUCUCAGGAGGACACUGCCUCCUGGCUGUGGCCAGAGACAUCGAUGACUUUCUCCUCUUGGGACAGGCAUUGGAUGAAGCACCAGGAGACACAUUAGAUAAGGUAGCAAGAAGAUUGUCUCUCGUGAAACAUCCGAAGUGCUCCACUUUGAGCGGGGGACAAGCUAUCGAGCUGAUGGCCCAAGAGGGCAACAGGCUAAAGUUCCACUUUAAGUCUCCCAUGGGGCAGCAUUAUGAUUGCAAUUUCUCUUUCGCUGGUUUCCGAAACCAGGUAACACAGGUGAUAAGCAAAAAAGAGGAGGAUGAAGGUAUCCAGCCGGGGGAGAUACUCUCAUGUGUAAGUGACAUAGCUGCAGCGGCUCAGUACACUGUGGCCUCUCACAUUGCCAAGCGCACCCAUCGAGCUAUCCUUUUUUGCAAAGCAAAAGGGCUGUUACCUCAAAACAGCCCAUCUCUGGUAGUAUCUGGAGGAGUGGCCUGCAAUCAGUAUAUUAGAAAGACUUUGCAAAUUGUCACAGAUGCAACCGGAUUGGAUUUACACUGUCCCCCAGCAAAGUUGUGCACUGACAAUGGAGUCAUGAUUGCAUGGAAUGGGGUUGAAAAGCUAAGAAAAGGAAAGGGGAUAGUGGCACACACUGCUAAUAUCAGAUAUGAACCUAAGGCACCUUUCGGCACAGACAUAACUGGGCAGGUGAAGGAGGCGGAGAUUAAAGUACCACCAUUAAAACUGAAGAUAAGCCAAUGAAAAUUUUUUUUUUUUGUGUGUGGUUUUUAUCUUUCAUAUGUAAAUAAAAAUUGAUGCACAGAAA